AAGUCCGAGUAUAGCACGGGCCCUUCCCUAGAGGGGUUUUUCCACCUGAAUCACCGGGUGUUUGCUAAGCUUCAACGCUCGGCAGUAGAUGGAUCGCUUGUCCGUCCGGAUCUCGCAGGCCUCCCCUCAUUUUACAACAUCAACCAUUACCCCUUUCACACCAUCCACGCCAUGAGGGAUGUCAAGGAGAUCAGCUCGACUCAUCGUGUCGUACCUUUGCCGGCUUACGAGAACGACAACAUCAUCAACCCGAACGCGUACGAGGACGCUAUUGGAGGCUCCCUCGUGCUUGCCUCCUUCAAGCUGCGCCACUAUCUCAUCAAGAAACAGUCCGUCUUCUCUUACGAACUGGACGAGAUCAACAUCGUCUCGCGCGGCGCGGAGGGCACGAAGCGCAAGGCCGGCAUCAAGUCCACUUCACCCAUGAAGAAGAUGCGUCUUCUCUGACCUGCCUUUGACCUGCCGGAUGAAGCGUAUAUGUAGUGUGUUGUCGACCGACUGAUAUUGUUCUGUGUACUUGUACGUUACCGUGGUUCAACCCAGCUAAAAGCAUAAAUAACAAUUUGUUUCAACUC